AUGGCCGAGUCGACCACGAGAAGAUAUAAGAGCGUCACGAAAAUCAGCAGGCAGAAGUGCGAAUACUUGUGGAAGAUCGAGGAUUUUCCCUCGCUGUUCAUGGACGACCGGGAGCUGGUCGAGUCGGAUCGCUUCGGCAUGACCGACGACGACUGCCAGCAAUUCCAUCUGAGGCUCGGCUUCUGCGACUCGAAGGGCGAGCAGACCUGGAUCUCGCUCUACCUGUGCCGCGACUGCCGCGACGAGCAGUGUCCCCAGAAGUUGAAGUGCCAGUUCGCCUUCUCGUUCGUGGGCGUGAACACGAACUACUUCUGGGAGCAGGUGGCCUACGACAGAUUGGCCGCCAGACAGAUCCAGUGCGGCUAUCCGCGCUUCGUUCCCAUCAGCUCGAUCAACCAGAUCCUCAUGCCCGACAGGUCGGUCACGGUGCGCUGCGAGAUAAUCCUGUCGUCCGGCCGGGCGGAGCACACGACCGUCUCUCUGCCGCCCGUCGUCCCCGAGACCAACGACGACGACGACUGCAGCGACGCGGAGAGGUUCGAGCGCCGCAUGGACUUCGGGGCUCUGCUUCUGAACGAGCGAUUCAGCGACGUGAAGAUCAAGAGCAAGUCCGGCGAGAGGGUGGCGGCCCACAAGGCCGUGCUGAGCGGCGCCUCGCAGGCCCUGGCCGGCCUGUUCGAGCCGGAGAACGCCCGCUGCGUGGAGGGCUGCAUCGACAUGGACGACCUGGAGCACGAGUGCCUCGUCGAGCUGCUGCGCUACGUCUACACGGGCGAGAUUCGACUGGACGGGACGGAAUUGGACGAGCCACUGCUGGUGGCGGCCGACAGGUACGGCCUCGAGGCCCUCAAAGCCAGAUGCGAGGACUCGCUGGCGGCGAGACUGACGCUCGAGAAUUUCGCGCGAUUCCUGGAUGUGGCCCAGCAGAACAACGCGCCUCGCUUGAAAAAAUCGGUACUGAGAUUCGUCGUGGACAAUCGCAGCGAGAUAAUGACGACGCCCGCGUACAGGGACCAGCUCUAUCCAUUGAUGCUGGAUUUGAUAGAAGUUUGUGCUGAGGACAACCAACCACCUCCCCCUCCCCCUCCCCCAUUACCCCUAACGCCUCCCCAAUGGUAG